GUAGCUUGCCGGCUGCGUACAGGUGAGAAGCGUGCAUGGUGCAUGCAGCGAGUCGGCAGCGGACAGGUGUUUCUUUCAUGUGAUAUACAGUUGUAGACAGGUAUAUAUCAUACUGGGAUCUCAGUUGCUGUACAAGACACCCUUAUAAGCCACCAUGACUGCCAUCCAAUACAAAGCCGCCAUGCAGGCCGAAAUAUUAAAUAGAAGACGGAAGGAAUACCGAAAACAGGAAAGAAUCAUGGGAUCCAGUGGUCUCAACAAGAGAGUUUUCAGUCUAGCUGAUAAGUCCCAUGGACAAGGUGGCAUCUUCUACAGUUGGCAGAGAGCACAUGGCAACUACCUGGCAACAACAGGGUUCGACCAUGCAGUGAGGAUAUAUGACCGGCAUGGAGAACUCAAGGAGGAGAUCAACCUGCCAGGGAUGUGCACUGGCCUGGGGUGGGACAGCGAUGGCGACAUCCUUGGAAUUGUUUGUGAGAAGUCCACAGCCAUCAUACUGUGGGACGCCAACUCGCACCGCACAACGCAGAUCGACAGUGGGCUCAAAGACACCAUGACCUUCCUGAAGUGGUCGAACACCGGCCCCCAACUGGCUGUCGGUACACUGAAGGGGAAUCUCAUGAUCUACAAUCAUCAGACAUCACGUAAAAUUCCUAUUAUUGGGAAGCACAUCAAGAAGAUCACCUGUGGUGCAUGGAGUGCCGAGAACCUGCUGGCCCUGGGCAGCGAGGACAAGACCAUCUCCAUCAGCAACGCUGAUGGUGACACCCUCAGACAGGCCACUCUCAGGGCUGACCCUGCUGAGAUAGACUUCUCCGAGAUGAAGGGGGAUGAGAGAAGCGCCAUUGGGCAAAACACUGUCAGUGUAGUUGUGGGCAAGAAGACUCUGUUCCUGUACAACAUCAAUGACCCCGAGAACCCCAUCGAGCUGGCCUUCCAACAGAGAUAUGGGAGCAUCAUUUCAUACAAGUGGUAUGGAGAUGGUUACAUCUUGAUUGGGUUUUCUCAUGGCUACUUUGUUGUGAUUUCCACCCACUUGAAGGAGAUUGGGCAGGUUGUUGACAAAAGAGGCAAAUUACAUGUUGUCUCCGAGGAGCUGUUCCAGGCUCGGAACCACAAGGACAGCCUUGCAAGUAUCGCCAUCUCCACGUCCCUCAACAAGGCAGCUUCAUGUGGAGACAACUGCAUCAAGGUCCAUGAUCUGUCGGACUUGAAGGAGAUGUACGCUAUCAUCACACUUGACGAUGAGAGGGGGCUGGACAAGAUUGGCUGGACGGACGAUGGUCAACUGUUAGCUGUGUCCACUCAGAGGGGUAACCUGCAUGUGUACCUGGCUCGGCUGCCCAUGCUGGCCGCGGUCACUCAGACACGUAUCGCCCAUCUCACAUCACUGCUGGAGGUUACUAUCGACGACCUAGUCACCAAAGAGCCACCCAUUACAAUAGCCAUUGAGGUGGAACCGUCCUUUCUUGGAAUUGGGCAGUACCAUGUUGCCGUGGGGAUGAACAACAGAGCCUGGUUCUAUCUGCUUGGAGAUGAUGGUCCCCAGAGAUUGAAGGACCGGGAGUACCUGGGAACAGUGCAGUCCAUCAGUCUGAAUGGCGACUACGCUGCAGUGAGCUUUGAAGGCAAAGUGCAGCUCCAUAUGAUUGAAGGGGAGACAACUGCUGCUACUGAUGAGCGGGAGACCCGACUGUUCCCCGGCAAGGAUGACCGAGAUGUUCGCAUCACAUGCCAUGACAUGACGCCAGAGUUCCUCAUCUAUGGCACCGAUAGAGGAGAUGUCCGCUAUUUCUUCAUUGAGGACUGGCAGUUUGUUGUGGAGUACCGUCACGUGGCAGGCAUCAGGAAGCUCUUCCCCGACGCCAGCGGCACCCGGCUAGUGUUUGUGGAUGAGAAGACAGAUGGCUAUGUCUAUAAUGCAGUGAAUGACACAGUGAUCGACAUCCCCAACUUCUCAGCAUCUAUCAAGGGAGUUCUGUGGGAGAACUGGCAGUUGGACAAGAGCGUGUUUGUGGCGUAUGACAGCGAGAAGUUGUACACGUACGUGUACUGCCGAGAGUCAGUGACAGGCUCACAAGUCCUGUAUGUGGGAGAGACACGCCUGCCCUAUGGCCAGAUACCGAUCAUGCUCCACAAUGGGGAGAUAACUCUGCAGACACAGAGUGGAAAGCUUGGCAACCUGCAGCUGAACACCCACUCUCAUGUGUUCCAUGAGAAUCCCCAGGAUCUGAAACCUGCUGAGCUUUCAAUUGCUGCCCAGCAGUGUAUCAAGCUAAGAAGAUUCCGGGAUGCUUGGAUCUUCUGUCACUAUGUCAACAGGAAAGAGGUCUGGGUGGAGUUGGGGAGGGCAGCGCUGCAUAGCCUUGACCUUGACUUCGCUAUCAGAGUGUACAGGAACAUCGGUGAUGUUGGCAUGGUCACCUCCUUGCAGAAGGUCAAGUCGAUUGAGGACAAGAACCUGCUGUCUGGCUACAUUGCCAUGUUCCUUGGAGAAUUCAACCCUUCCCAGGAUCUCUUCCUGGCAUCAAGCUACCCCCUGGCUGCCCUCGAGAUGCGCAGAGACCUGCUUCACUGGGAUAGUGCCCUGCAGCUUGCUAAGGCUCUGGCUCCGGAGCAGAUCUCCUACAUCUCGCGAGAGUAUGCCCAGCAGCUGGAGUUCACCGGGGACUACAUGAACUCUCUGUCUCACUAUGAGAAGGGGAUCACCAAGGACGAGAAGGCAAGGGAUCAUGAUGAAAUCUGUGCUGCAGGCAUCGCUCGCAUGUCUAUCAGGACUGGAGACAUACGCAGGGGUGUUGCCAUGGCGAUGAAGAUGUCCAGCAAGAGCCUGAAGAAGGAAUGUGCAGGCAUCUUGGAGAGUAUGAAGCAAUGGACAGAGGCAGCUACUCUAUAUGAACAAGGCCACUACUACGACAAGGCGGCUUCUGUCUACAUCAGAGGCAAAAACUGGAACAAGGUGGGAGAACUGUUGCAACACAUCACCUCCCCGAAGAUUCACGCACAGUACGCGAAGGCCAAGGAGGCUGAUGGCCGAUACAAGGAGGCUGCAGAGGCAUACAAGAUGGCUAAAGAGUGGGACCAUGUCAUCAGGAUUAACCUUGAAUUUCUACAAAACCCAGAAGAAGCUGUUAAGAUUGUGCAGGAAACCCAGUCAGUAGAGGGUGCAAAGAUGGUGGCCAAGUUUUUCCAGCGGCUGAAUGACUACGCCUCGGCCAUCCAGUUCCUGGUGAUGUCCAAGUGUAAUGAUGAGGCCUUCCAGCUGGCCCAGAGUCACAACCAGAUGGAGAUCUACGCUGACAUCAUAGGUUCCGAUGCCACUCCCGAGGACUACCAGAGUAUAGCAGUGCACUUUGAGAAUGAGAAGAACCACUACCUGUCUGGGAAGUUCUUCCUCCUCAGCGGACAAUACUCCAGGGCCAUGAAGCACUUCUUGAGAUGUAAUGGAGAGGACAGUCAGGCAAUAGAGCUGGCGAUCGAGACGGUGGGACGAGCCAAUGAUGACCAGCUUACCCAUCAGCUCAUUGACUUCCUCAUGGGAGAAACUGACGGCAUGCCCAAGGAUGCCAAGUACCUGUUCCGGCUGUACAUGGCCUUGAAGCAGUACAGGGAGGCAGCCCGGACAGCCAUCAUCAUAGCACGGGAGGAGCAGAGUGCAGGGAACUACCGCAACGCCCAUGACGUGCUGUUCAGUAUGUACCAGGAGUUGAAGGACAACAAGAUCAAGAUCCCAGCCGAGAUGGCCACCAACCUCAUGAUCCUACACAGCUACAUCCUCGCUAAGAUCCACAUCAAGAGAGGAGAUCACCUGAAAGGAGCCCGGAUGUUGAUCCGAGUUGCCAACAACAUCAGCAAGUUCCCCUCUCACAUCGUUCCCCUGCUGACAUCAACUGUGAUAGAAUGUCAGAGGUCAGGGUUAAAGAACUCAGCCUUCAGCUAUGCUGCCAUGUUAAUGAGGCCAGAGUACCGCAACCAAAUUGAUCUCAAGUACAAGAAGAAGAUCGAGAUGAUUGUCCGGAAACCAGACAAGACGGAGGAAGAUGAACCCCUUAGCCCAUGCCCAGUGUGUGGCUUCCAGCUUCCGGAGACGGAGCUCAUGUGUCCAGAGUGCAAGAACAACCUGCCUUACUGCAUCAUCACUGGUCGUCACGUGGUGUCGGAGGAUCUGACUGCAUGUCACACAUGUGACUUCCCUGCCAUCUUCCCUGAGUUUAUCAAGCUUCUGGAGAGUGAAGAGUCGUGUCCCAUGUGUGCAGAGAAAGUGAUACGAGAAAACUUACAGAAGAUCACCGACACCAAGAAGUAUAUGUUCCCUGAAGAGGGAGUGACGGAGUGACAUCACCGGGUUAUUUAUUAUAGUCUCACAGCUUGAACUGACUUCUCUUCAAUUCUCUAAACUCUUGUUACUUGUCGCAAAAUGAAGAAAAUAUACCUGCCCGUAUAUACACAUCAAGUUCUCUGACCCAGAAAUACAUAUUAGGAAAUAUGCAAAUAUUGUAAUCCUGCAAGACGAUCAUCUCAAGACCUCUAAUGCAUUGCAGCAGCAGGUGCAAGAGCUGUACCUAGUUUGACCAUAUUAACUGAGCUGACUAUAGCUUCUAUGGUAAAAUAUGAUUUCUUUAUGUCUAAACUUCAUAUACACAGUAAAAAAAGUGUUGCACCCCCUAUACUUUUUCAUGGAGGGGUGUUUUGAAAGGGUGUAAAGAUAACCGAAUUAAUAUUAUAACCAGGAUUUCGUGUAUACCAACAAACCAGUGUAUUGUCUAUACAAUGAACUUAAAUGGGGUAUUCCAUGACCUUAUGGCAUGUAAGAAUCUCAUGCUGAACUUUUACGAAAAAUGAACGAAUAACGAAGACGCAUUAAGUAUGGUGACAUCUCAAUAAUUUUUAGUGACCAAAUUCAUCCAAUAGGGUAAGAAUGUCAUAUGGAGAUUUGACGAACACAGUAAGUCAUUAUCAAGAACUUCCACCAAGCACUUGGAUCACAGCUUGAAGUCUUCGUCUCAUACUCCUCACCAGACGUUGGAAUCGCUCCAUGGGCAGCUGCUGCCACUCCUCGUGUAAUGCUGCUUCCAAUUCACGCAAGUUCUGUGGAGGAGGGUCCCGACGAUAAAUCAGGCGUCCCAAAAUGUCCCAUACAUGU